ACCAGGGUGGGGUCGAACAGCUCCGGGAGGCGGAGAAGCCUAUCCACAGGUUCGAAUCCCGCCCGGGCCCAUUUCGUCCAGCGGCGCCAUUACGUCUCCACUUCGAGGAUCCUACAGUACCCCAAACCCCGGAGUCCACUCGGGUUACUGCAGGAGUUCAGGACUGUUGGAAGUGGGGAAGGAGGCUGCUCCCCCCGUGCUGGGCUGCUGGCCGGCAGGGCCUUCAUACAGCCUCUCCCCUUCCUUAGCUCAGAGGCCCUCCCGGACCCUCGGCUUUUCCUCUGACUUCUUGUGCCUGCUGUGAGCUUCGCUGGAUUCAGGGUCUUGGUCGUGUGAGAGGUGCUGGGAAGGCACCCCGGGCCUUGCACAUGCUAAGCAAGCGUUCUCCCUCUGCUUUUGCUCCAGCCCCUUACAUUUUCCUUAGUACCGCCGGCGUGGGCGACUCGGGCCUUUGCACUUGCGUUACCCUUGCCGGGGUUGCUUCUCUCCAGACUUUCCCACGACUUCCUGCCGUCACCUCCUCCUGGAAGCCUUCCCCUGUCCGCAUCCACCUCCUCUCAAACAGCCCCUGUGUGGACUCUUCACAUCCCUCCCGCUCCGAGCUACCGUUAUUUUUAGCACUUAGCACCGGCUGACUAAUAUACUCUACGAAUCCUAUAUUUGUUUCUUGCCCACUAGGGCGGGGACUUUUGUGCUUCGCUCACGACUAGAAAAGAGUCUGGCACACAGUCGGCGCUCAAUAAGCAUUUGAUGAAUGAAUGCAGGAGGCAUUUUAACCGCAGGGCGCCUGGAUCCGGAGCGGGAUCGCCCUGGGGCGUCUCGGAGAAAGAGACGGAGACGGAUCCCGGACCCGCGGCCAAGCAGGAGUGGACACACGCAUGCCCGCGUGCGUCGCCCGAAUGGGGGGCCGGACGUGGGCUCCCGGUGCAACCGCCUCCUGUCCUCCCCUGCUUGCAGGAACGUCAUGUCGGUGCCCCGGUUGCGCGCGCUGCCGCUGCUGCUCCUGCUGGGCGCGUCGUGGGCGCGGGCGGGCGCCCCGCGCUGCACCUACACCUUCGUGCUGCCCCAGCAGAAGUUCACCGGCGCCGUGUGCUGGAGCGGAGCAGCUGCCGCACGACCCACUUCCGAAGCCGUGAACGCCAGCGAGGUGGCGGCGCUGCGCAUGCGCGUCGGCCGCCACGAGGAGCUGCUGCGCGAGCUGCAGAGGCUGGCCGCCGCCGACGGCGCAGUGGCCGGCGAGGUGCGCGCGCUGCGCAAGGAGAGCCGCGGCCUGAGCGCGCGCCUGGGCCAGCUGCGCGCGCAGCUGCAGCAUGAGGCCGGCACGGGGGCGGGGCCGAGCCAGGGGGCGGAGCCUGCCGCUGCUCUGGCGCUGCUCGGGGAACGCGUGCUCAAUGCGUCGGCCGAGGCUCAGCAGGCCGCCGCCCGCUUCCACCAGCUGGACGUCAAGUUUCGAGAGCUGGCACAGCUGGUCAGCCAGCAGAGCGACCUCAUCGCCCGCCUGGAGCGCCUGUGCCCGGGGGGCGCCGGCGGGCAACAGCAGGUCCUGCCCCCGCCCCUGGUGCCUGUGGUGCCCUUGAGUCUGGUGGGCAGCACCAGUAACACCAGCAGGAGGCUGGACCCAGCUCCAGAGCCCCAGAGAGACCAGACCCGGAGACAACAGGGCCCCUUGGCCUCUCCUAGGCCUGCAGGGUCCCCUGUGAUCCCUACCAGGCCAUCAGGCCCGUGGCAGGACUGUGCGGAGGCCUACCAGGCAGGCCACAGCCAGAGUGGGGUCUACGAGCUGCUACUCGGCCGGCUCCAGGUGUCCGCGUGGUGCGAGCAGCAGCUGGAGGGCGGAGGGUGGACAGUGAUCCAGCGGCGCCAGGACGGCUCAGUCAACUUCUUCACCACCUGGCAGCACUACAAGGUGGGCUUUGGGCGGCCUGACGGGGAAUACUGGCUGGGCCUCGAACCUGUGCAUCAGCUGACCAGCCGGGGGGACCACGAGCUGCUGGUGCUCCUGGAGGACUGGGGGGGCCGUGGGGCACGUGCCCACUAUGAUAGCUUCUCUCUGGAACCCGAGAGUGACCACUAUCGCCUACGGCUUGGCCAGUACCACGGUGACGCUGGAGAUUCUCUUUCUUGGCACAACGACAAACCCUUCAGCACUUUGGAUAGAGAUCGAGACUCCUAUUCCGGUAACUGUGCCUUGUACCAGCGCGGGGGCUGGUGGUACCAUGCUUGUGCCCACUCCAACCUCAACGGUGUGUGGCACCGUGGUGGCCACUACCGAAACCGCUACCAGGAUGGUGUCUACUGGGCUGAGUUCCGUGGCGGGGCGUACUCCCUCAAGAAGGCCGCCAUGCUGAUCCGACCCGCCAGGCCCUGACUGCCCGGGCCUCUGCCCGCCUGGCCCCAGGGUGUUUCCCAGCAGAAGACUAAAUUGUCCUGGCCGCACCUCUCUGUGGCUCAGUGCUGAGCCUGUCCCGGACUUUCCCACUGUGGAUUUGCUCCCCAGAGCCCCAGAAUGGGACCCAGGAGUCCCCCACCCGUGUCGCGGGCCCAGACAGCUCCCCAAGGGCACUUGUCUCGGCUUUGAGCUCACAUUUAUAACAACACAGAGCAUCCAGA